GUCAACUAUAAAUAAGCUUCAGCCUUUGUUGGUUAUACUCUUAUACCCAUUACCAUCUAUUUCAUCUCUGAUCCUCUUUCUUCUUCUAGCAUUUUUCAAGUUUGAAGUUCAAAAACAAAGACAAAAAUGGCAAGGAAGAAGAUCAGAGAGUAUGAUUCAAAGAGGUUAUUGAAGGAACAUUUUAAGAGAAUUUCUGGUUCCGAACUUCCUAUCAGAUCAGCUCAAAUUAAAGAGUCAACCGAUCUCAAUGAGCUUAUUGAAAAUGAGCCAUGGCUAUCCUCCGAAAAGUUGGUUGUGAAACCCGACAUGUUGUUUGGGAAGCGUGGCAAAAGUGGCUUGGUUGCUCUGAAUUUGGACUUCGCCCAGGUUUCUGCAUUUGUAAAAGAGCGCCUUGGCAAAGAGGUAGAAAUGGGGGGAUGUAAAGGACCAAUUACGACUUUCAUUGUUGAGCCUUUCGUUCCACACAACGAAGAGUUUUACCUAAACAUUGUUUCAGAAAGACUAGGAAACAGUGUUAGUUUUUCGGAGUGUGGUGGAAUUGAGAUUGAAGAGAACUGGGAUAAGGUAAAAACUAUAUUUGUGCCAACAGGCGUUUCUUUUACUUCUGAAGUCUGUGCUCCGUUAGUUGCUACUUUACCUUUAGAGGUCAGAGGUGUGAUCGAGGAGUUUAUCAAAAAUAUAUUCACCCUGUUCUUAGAUCUGGACUUCACCUUCCUAGAAAUGAAUCCUUUUACAUUAGUCAACGGAAAGCCGUAUCCUUUGGAUAUGAGAGGCGAGCUAGAUGAUACUGCUGCCUUCAAGAAUUUCAAGAAGUGGGGUAAUAUUGAAUUCCCCUUGCCAUUUGGAAGAGUUAUGAGUCCAACCGAAACCUUUGUUCAUGGUCUUGAUGAAAAGACUAGUGCAUCCUUAAAGUUCACAGUAUUGAAUCCAAAGGGAAGGAUUUGGACCAUGGUAGCUGGUGGAGGAGCUAGUGUAAUCUACGCAGAUACUGUUGGGGAUCUUGGUUAUGCAUCUGAGCUGGGGAACUAUGCCGAAUACAGUGGUGCUCCAAAUGAAGAGGAGGUUUUGCAAUAUGCAAGAGUUGUGAUUGACUGUGCAACAGCAAAUCCUGAUGGGCGCAAGAGGGCCCUAGUAAUUGGUGGAGGUAUUGCUAAUUUUACAGACGUUGCUGCGACUUUCAACGGAAUAAUUAGAGCUCUGAAGGAGAAGGAAUCAAAACUCAAAGCGGCAAGAAUGCACAUUUAUGUGAGGCGAGGAGGUCCGAAUUACCAAAAGGGUUUAGCUAAAAUGCGGAUGCUCGGAGAAGAGAUUGGUAUUCCUAUUGAGGUAUACGGCCCUGAGGCAACCAUGACAGGAAUCUGCAAACAGGCCAUCGAUUGUAUCGAUGUAGCUGCUUAAUUCUGAUGGAGCCGUGGAGCAUAUAACCGACCACAAUGCCUCAUUCUAUCUGCUUGUAGUGAUGAUUCAAAUUUACUGUAGCCGAUUUAGAAAUUAUUACGAGUUUGAUGAUGUGUUUGUAGUUUUGUUUCGCGUUUUUAUUACAGGAAAGCCGAACAAUCACUGGCACUGUAAUUCCAUCUCAUGCAUUUGUUUACUCCGAAAAUAGAAGCCUUCCCUGUUAGCAACAGCUGUAAACGAAAUAUAAUAGAAGUGCCUAGGACGAUUUGGUUCGAUUUUACUUUUGGAUGA